UUUGAGCACACAAUCAGACUCUUUGAUUGAGUCAACAGUGAUGUCCAACACAGUUGAUGACACAACCGGCAACUCAUCGAUUUCUGCAAUAUAUGUAACCACAGAAAGUCCUAUCAAUUCAACGACAACCACAACAACACUUGUCGAUACACUGCUGGCAUCGGGAAGUGAAAACCGUUUCCGAUGGAUGGACUUUCGUCGGCCUCAGUCGUAUCCCCCAAGAAUGCCAGCCCUUCCAGGAAUUCCCAGUGGAUUUCGAAAUCCUGCGGCAAAUAAUAAUAAUAAUCAGGUUUUCAAUCCGGGAAUGCCUUUCACUGGCUUUGGUGGCAGUAGUACUCAACCGGUGGGCUUCGGAGGCAGUGUUGUCAUGAGUAACCAUUUGGGACCAAAUUCUGGAUCUGUUAGACGACCGGCGCUCAACAUUACACGAGUUGAACACAUAACCGCUGAAUGCAGUGAUGAGUACAUGAAAGUGAGUAUUCAUUUCAACGGAACGUUUACCGGAUUGGUGUACAGCUCUGGAUAUGUUCACGACGUUAACUGCAUCUACGUUAACGGAUCCGGAAGAAAUCACUACGAAUUCUUCAUUAGACUUAACCAAUGCGGUACUUUAGGGCGACAAGAAAUGUAUCACCCAACACUUCCAGGAGAAGCACGGAGAAGGGAUCAGUUGAUGUGGAAUACUCUUUCCAUACAAUAUAAUGCAUUGAUUGAAGAGGAAUUUGAUGAACACUAUCGGGUCACUUGUGAAUAUGGCAGUGACUUCUGGAAAACUGUCACUUUUCCAUCCGUUAAUGUCGAAGUAAACACAGGAAGUCCAGUGGUGUUCACUAUAAACCCCCCUCAAUGCCAAAUGGAAAUCCGGAGGGGAUUUGGUAUCGCCGGCACCCGUACUUCAGGUCCCGUUACAGUGGGUGACCCUUUGACUCUACUAAUUCACAUGAAAAGCGAAAAGACUGGAUUUGACAUUUUAGUGAAGAACUGUGUGGCACAUAAUGGCGCUCAACAGAGAUUACAACUAAUCGAUUCCAGCGGAUGUGUUACGAAUGAGAAGCUGAUCAGUCCUUUUAGAGGAACUUAUAAUUCAGAAAAUGGACAUCAAGUCAGCCUUUAUUCAUAUCUUAAAGCAUUUAGAUUCACUGGCAGUCCUGCACUUUAUUUGGAGUGCGAUAUCCAUAUGUGUCAUAACAAGUGUCCCCCGCAACGGUGUUAUUGGCGUAAUCUCUCCAAACGUUCAGUUGAUGCACAGCUAAAUACAACUACAGAUAAGCCUAUUGUCUCUGAGAGUAUCAGUUUGUUUCAGUCUUUGGAAGUGAGACAAGAAUCAGAAGAAAAGGAUAUCGCAAACAAUACAUCGGAAUUCAAUAUGGAUAUUAGCCAAAGUAAUGUGUGUUUGCGAUCGGAUGGUGUGGCCGUCAUAAUCAUAACAGUGUUUGUACUGUUGGUAAUGUCAUUCUCGAUGUCCAUCGGGUGUUGUAUGAAAAUGAGACGAAUGAAGUACUGUCAGAGGCAUAUGAUCGACGCCUCUUCACUAUAUAAGAACAGUUAUGAUACCAUCUAUUCCUAUCCUCACAACGAAACACAUCAUUCAAGACGUUUCUGAUAAAC